AUGCAAUUAAGGAAUACAUUCUUUUUCCUGCUUGCUAUUAUUUCUGUUGGGGUUAUUGUUGAAUGUGCCGAGUACACGCCAGAUCCACGAUAUGACAAUACAGCAAGUCUGAUUGGCAAUAAAAUUUAUUAUUUUGGAGGAACAAAUAAUAAAGCUGCGUACAAUGAUUUCUUUUUUUGGGACCUCGAAAAUGCAUUCAAGUCAAAUUCAACGGCAUUUGAACUUGAACAAAGCCUCGAUGAUAGUAUACCGUCCAUGUAUAAUCCAACAUAUGUAGUUGGUGGGGAAAAUAAUUCCACAAUAUUUUUAUUUGGAGGUUGGGUAGGUGAAUCGAAUUUCAUUCUAAGUCAGACAAUUUACAAAAUUAACGUGAAACCCGGAAAUACAACUUGGAGUCUAAGCAACCACGUAGAGGACAACGACAUAUGGCCAGAUGCACGAUCUUCUGCAGCAGCCGUCAUAGAUAAUCAAGGGCGUAUCUAUAUCUGGGGAGGUCGAAUGAAUGUUGAUAGACGAAUGUACGUUUACGAUACUAUUAAUGAUGUUUGGUCUAACCCGUCGAAUUCAACUGUAUCUCGAUUCAAUUAUACUGCAACUUUGCUUGGAGAUGGUCGUAUUUUAUAUAUUGGAGGAUCUAAUUAUAGCACAUUGAAGCCAAUAGAUUUAACUCAGAUUCUCAUCUAUGACACAGAGAGUCACCAGUGGUCUUACGAGACAGCUACAAGUAAUUCAAAUAAACUACCCUUUCGUGAUGGACAUACUGCCGUUUUAUCACCCGAUGGAAGAACCAUUAUUAUCUAUGGCGGAUUGAACAUUGAUAGCAAAACAGCAUUACUUCUUUUGGAUACAAAAUCAUUCAAUUUCUCAUAUCCAAGAGUAAAUGCUGGUCCAAAUCCGGUUCCUGCAUUUCAUACAGGCACUUUAUACAAAAAUUACAUGAUUGUUUCAUUUGGCUUACGAAAUGGAAGAGCAUCAUCAGAUGUGAAUAUACUCGACAUUUCAAACUCGAGCGAUUAUAAAUGGCUUGCAGGCCCAGGAUAUUCACCUUCAGACUCAUCUCCUAACAAUCCACCUUCAAAUCCGAAUACGGGAUUUAACGUUACUAACGAAUCCAAUAAUACGAAUACGAGUACGUAUUCAACUAAAGAAACUUCAGAAAAAAACCCUUCAAAAGGCACCAUAAUUGGCAUCACAUUAGGUGUUUUUGCCAGUCUAUUUAUCUUGGGAGGACUUGCAAUUGUUUGGUAUCGUCGACGUCGAAAUCUACCAACAUUACCGAUAUUUGAUCAAGGACAUUUUUCUGAGAUGCAAGAAAUACCUAUGUCAAAUUAUCAUGAGAAAGAUCACGAGGAAGUAAAGAAUGAUGCUUCUCAGAACUCAAAUCGAAUAGUCACUGAUAUUUUAUUAUAA